GGGCUGGGAGGAGGGGAGUUUGAAGAUCGUGGCGGGAAAUGGCGGCUGCAGCAUCUGUUACUUGGCAGGGUUUCUCCGGAGCAGGAGGGCACCGGGUCUGUGUCUUUUCCUGAAUGGCUGAGCCGAGUCUGCGAUGAAUCUUCCGCGCUGGAGUGGGAAGCGGCGGCGAUCGGCGUCAGACUCCUUCUCGGGAAGCGGCGGCGACAGCAGUGACAGCCUCCUGUUGCUCUCGGGGCCGGUGCUGAGCCCGCCCCCGGGGCUGGCUCGCCGCCUGGAGGCCCGCGGCCGCGCAGCUGCAGGAGAAUGCAAGCAGACAAUUCCCGACGACCACCAAACAGACAAGCUGUUGUUGGCAAAUUGGGGACUUCCUACAGCAGUUCUGGACAAAUAUCACAGUUUUGGUGUAAAAAAGAUGUUUGAAUGGCAAGCAGAGUGUCUCUUGCUUGGACAAGUCUUAGAAGGGAAGAAUUUAGUCUAUUCAGCUCCUACAAGUGCUGGGAAGACUCUUGUUGCUGAAUUACUUAUUUUGAAGCGGGUUUUGGAAAUGAAGAAGAAGGCUUUGUUUAUUCUGCCCUUUGUCUCUGUGGCUAAAGAGAAGAAAUACUAUCUCCAGAGUCUUUUUCAGGAAGUAGGAAUAAAUGUAGGUGGUUAUAUGGGCAGUACCUCUCCAGCAGGGCAUUUUUCUUCCCUGGACAUUGCUGUCUGCACAAUUGAGAGAGCCAAUGGUCUGAUCAAUCGCCUCAUAGAAGAAAAUAAGAUGGACCUAUUAGGAAUGGUGGUUGUAGAUGAAUUGCAUAUGCUGGGAGAUUCUCAUCGAGGGUAUUUGCUGGAACUUUUGCUGACGAAGAUUUGCUAUAUUACUCGGAAAUUCUCAUCUUGCCAAACAGAUUUAGCCAGUUGUUUGCCUAAUGCCAUACAGAUUGUUGGUAUGAGUGCUACUCUUCCUAAUUUGGAGUUUGUGGCUUCCUGGUUGAAUGCUGAACUCUACCACACAGAUUUUCGUCCUGUACCGUUAUUGGAGUCAGUAAAAAUAGGAAAUUCUGUCUAUGACUCUUCAAUGAAGCUUGUGAGGGAAUUUCAACCUAUACUACAAGUGAAGGGAGAUGAGGAUCAUGUUGUUAGUUUAUGUUAUGAGACCGUUCGUGAUAACCAUUCAGUAUUACUUUUCUGUCCAUCAAAGAAAUGGUGUGAGAAACUGGCAGAUAUCAUUGCCCAUGAAUUCUAUAACCUACACUGUCAAGCUGAGGGAUUGAUAAAUUCAUCUGAUCUUCCACCAGUGGUUCUGGAGCAAAAAGGCCUCCUAGAAGUGAUGGAUCAGUUAAAACGUUUGCCUUCAGGACUGGACUCUGUAUUACAAAAAACUGUACCAUGGGGAGUAGCAUUUCAUCAUGCAGGUCUUACCUUUGAGGAGAGGGAUAUUAUUGAAGGAGCCUUUCGUCAAGGUCAGAUUCGUGUUUUGGCAGCAACUUCUACUCUUUCAUCUGGGGUGAAUUUACCUGCACGUCGUGUAAUUAUUCGGACUCCAAUUUUCAGUGGUCGGCUUCUUGAUAUUCUUACUUAUAAGCAGAUGGUUGGCCGUGCUGGCAGGAAAGGAGUAGACACAGUAGGUGAAAGUAUCUUAGUUUGUAAGAACUCUGAGAAGUCAAAAGGCAUAGCUCUACUUCAGGGAUCUUUAAAACCUGUUCGUAGCUGUCUAAGAAGACAAGAGGGAGAAGAAGUGACUGCAAGUAUGAUAAGAGCUAUUCUGGAGAUAAUAGUUGGUGGAGUGGCAGCUACUUCAGAGGAUAUGCAGACUUAUGCUUCUUGUACAUUUUUGGCUGCAAGUAUGAAAGAAGAGAAGCAGGGAAUUCAGAGAAAUCAAGAUUCUGUUAGUCUUGGAGCAAUUGAGGCCUGUGUAACAUGGCUGCUAGAAAAUGAAUUCAUCCAGAUUACUGAAGAUACUGAUGGAAGAGAAGGGAAACUAUAUCACCCAACACAUCUUGGAUCAGCAACUCUUUCUUCUUCACUUUCUCCAAUAGAUACUUUAGAUAUUUUUGCUGACCUUCAAAGAGCAAUGAAGGGCUUUGUUUUAGAGAAUGAUUUGCAUAUUGUUUAUCUGGUGACACCUAUGUUUGAAGAUUGGACUACUAUUGAUUGGUAUCGGUUUUUCUGUUUAUGGGAAAAACUGCCAACUUCUAUGAAACGGGUAGCAGAGUUAGUGGGAGUUGAAGAAGGGUUUUUGGCUCGCUGUGUGAAAGGAAAAGUAGAAGCCAGAACUGAAAGGCAGCACCGACAAAUGGCCAUCCAUAAAAGGUUUUUCACCAGCCUUGUACUUUUAGAUUUGAUCAGUGAAGUUCCCUUAAAGGAAAUAAGUCGGAAGUAUGGAUGCAAUCGUGGACAGAUUCAGUCUUUACAACAGUCAGCUGCUGUUUAUGCAGGGAUGAUCACAGUGUUUUCUAACCGCCUGGGUUGGUACAACAUAGAACUGCUACUUUCCCAGUUUCAGAAACGUCUUACAUUUGGUAUCCAGAGGGAGCUCUGUGACUUGAUCCGGGUAUCAUUACUUAAUGCGCAGCGAGCUCGGUUCCUGUAUGCUUCUGGCUUUCUUACUGUGGCAGAUCUUGCCAAGGCAGAUAUUACUGAGGUGGAGACUGUUCUGAAAAAUGCUAUGCCUUUUAAAAGUACUCGAAAGGCUGUGGAUGAAGAAGAGGAAGCAGUUGAGGAACGUCGUAACAUGCGAACAAUUUGGGUGACUGGAAGAAAAGGUUUAACUGAACGGGAAGCAGCAACUCUUAUAGUGGAAGAAGCCAAUAAGAUUCUGCAACAGGACUUAUUUGAAAUGGGAGUGCAAUGGAAGACAUAUUCCUCUUUACAAUCGAAUACACAGUCAUUUACUAGCCAUGAGUCAGAAGUAAAGGAGCACAAACUUCUACCCCAAGUUAAGCACUCUAGUGAAAGAUUAACAGUAAAGAAAAAAAGUAACACAGUAUUUAACUAUUCUGUUAUGAAUUCACCAAAUACACUGCAAGAUUUAGCUAAAAGUAGAGAGAAUACAAAUUCCUUUUGUUACAAGUUCCAAGAUGGGAAUCAAGAACAUCAAGUGAAAUCUAUUUCAAGAAUAAGAAAACAAGUCUCUUUGAGUAUAAAUACAGUGAAGCGAAGAACCUCUGAGAGUGAAAGGAAAACAAGCACUAAGAAAGCUGUUCCAACUCUUUCAUCUGAGAAAACAAAAAAAGAAAAUUUGAAUUUCAGUUCAGAAAAGAUGAAUGCAACCUCUCGUUCUUUGAAACGAUUAAGGCACAGUAGUCCUAUGAAAGACACUGGAGUGUAUAGAAAUGAUUUACAAGAACAGACCAUGUCUGAACCCAUUCAUUGUGAAAACUCACUUAUAGGUGUGAAUUUGAAAUUUAAAAAUCCAGAGCCAUCUGCUAAAAAAGUGUGUUUUAAGGGAAGAAAUAGCAAAGCAUUAUUAUCACUAGAAAGAGAACAGAAUUGUUCUGGAAAAAGAAUAACCAAUGAUGUUCUGGUGGGAUGUUUUAUUAGAGAACCUCAGAAUAAGUCAGUGACUUGUCAAGCCAUGAGUGCGGUUAAUAAAAACGCCAGUGAAUUAGCUGUUACUGAGCCAGAAAAAUUAAGCAAAGUGAUAAUUGAAAAUGAUUCAAAAAAACAGAAUAUUUAUGAGAAACACCAUGAUACCCAUACAAUUAACCAUUUUUCUGAGAAUUCUGAUGGACUGACAAACACUUCCAUCAAACAGAAAAGAACAAUAGAGAGACAAAUGCCAUGUGAGUCAGUCAGUAGUUAUACAACUAGAGACUCAAAUGUUACUACAUGUGAAAACAUAAAGUAUAAUGCUGAGGAAAAGUCAGAUACUUUUCAGGCAGAAGGAAAUAAAAUAAGGAGCAUCAAGAUCCCCAGUGGUCCUCCUUCACCAGGAACAUCUGGUAAGUCAGGAGGCCAAUAUGAGAAUUUUCUAAAUACCUUUAAAGCACAAGAAAAAACAGAUGCUUAUACAACAAAUAACACUAAACAUCAUCUCGUUUCUGAGUUAGGUUCAGUUCAUUGUGAUUUUGAAGAUAGUUUCUAUCUGGAUACUCAAUCAGAGAAAAUGAUACAACAGAUGACACGUGAAAGGACUGAAGAAGGAACAAAGGGCACCAGCCUAGCAACAGGGAUGAUGCAGAAGAGCUUAGACAAACAGAGCUUCAUGAGCAUUUUACAGGAUAAUAGUCACGUUAUUUUACCUGAUGAACAACAUUCUCCAGGAGUGAUAAAUACAGACAACAUGCAUCUUAAGCCUACAGAUGCUAUGAAACAAAGCACAGGUUCACAGGGGGUUGAUAUCCUGACUCCAAAAAGCCCACUUUUUCAUUCUCCAGUUCUAUUUGGGGAAAAUGGCCCUUGUUUUAAAGGUAAUGAGCUUUCUGUUACUGACUCUCAAUUAAAUAGUUUUCUUCAAGGUUAUCAAACACAAGAGUUUAUGAAACCAGUUAUGUCUCUGAUUCCUCAGGAAAAAACUCCCACUGAUAUAGAAGUGCAAUGUCCUCUAGCUCGUGAAACAAGUUUGAAUUUGAGUGACAGUUUACUGUUCGACAGUUUCAGUGAAGACUGCCCAAUGAAAGAACAACUGUUUGAAGUACAAGCAAAAGAACCUUCUCCUGAAAUAAAGUCAAGCCAUUUCACUGACUCUCUGUGUCCUCAACCAGAGGGCCCAAAUGAAAAAUUAAAUAUGAAUGAGAAUCAAGCUAAUGAACACCAGUUGCCUUGUCUCAGUGAUGAGUCUAUUUUAUUUUCAGAUACAGAUUCUGCUCAGAUGGCUGAAGCUUUGGACAAUGUAAAGAUAGCUCCUGUCCAAGAGAAACUUAAUGCUGUUGUAUCUCAUAUAGCUGUAGAACACAAUGACCUAUCACUUGUCAGUAAUGAUGAUCCCCAAAGAAAAGAUACUGGAGUAAAUAAUGAUGAAAGAUCUCAUAUAAAUAGAUUAACUGGAGAAAGGCAAAAUAAUUCAUUCACAUGGUCAGGGUCAUCAUUUGAUUUAAGUCCAGGACUGCAAAGGAUUUUAGAUAAAGUAUCUACUCCUAUAGGACAUGAAGAGCAAAAAUUUAGCACUACAAACUUUUCUAACUUGAAAGGAAAAAAUACAGAUUUAGAUGACAAACAAGAAGUGAUUUCCAUUUUGGAGCCAAAUCAAGAACCUGGAAACUCAUUUUCUUCUAAUAUUGAAGUAAAAAGCAAGAUUGAAACGCUAGAGAACAAUGCCAUUCAUGGUGAAACUCCAUCCCUCUUGCCCUAUAAGGAAAACUGUAUAAUUGAUGAUAAUGGUCUCAUUCCUCCUACACCUGUUCCAACUUCUGCUUCUAAGCUGACAUUUUUAGAUGUUCAUGGACCAUCUGUAAAACUUCAGAAAACUAGUAAUGUUUUAAAACUUAAUGAAAGUUUUUCUCUUGGUUCACCUUUAGAUAUUAAAAACCACGAUUUAAGUUCAGACAGUAGAAAUGUUCUCAAAGAUGAUAGUCUUCUUAGAGAAAUAGGCUCUUUACUGCAGGUAUCACCAGAUGGGUCACAGUUAACAUCGUCCUUAUCCCAUUCAGAAAGUUUGUCCAUAAUUGAUGUAGCAAGUGAUCAAACUCUUUUUCAAACAUUUAUUAAGGAAUGGCAAUGCAAGAAGCGAUUUUCCAUCUCACUGGCUUGUGAAAAAAUUAGUAAAUUGACAUCUAAAGAUUCUUCUAUUGGUGGUAGGUUUAAGCGAGCUAACUCACCCCAGGAAGCCCCUAUUAGAGAUGAUGGAUUUCCUGUUAAAGGUUAUGAUGAUGUUUUGGUGGUUGGACUGGCAGUAUGCUGGGGUGGAAGGGAUGCAUAUUAUUUUUCAUUGCAGACAGAACAAAAGCAUUCUGAAAUUAGUGCCAGUUUGGCCCCACCUUCUUUGGAUCCAAACCUGACUGUAAAGGAGAGAAUGUGGCAUCUUCAGUCCUGUUUUCAAAAAACAGCUGAUAAAGAAUGUUCUGUUAUCAUCUAUGACUUCAUUGAGUGCUACAAACUUCUUCUUCUAUCCUGUGGCAUCUCCCUGGAACAAAGUUAUGAAGAUCCUAAGGUGGCAUGCUGGUUACUAGAUCCAGAUUCUAAGGAACCAACUCUUCACAGCAUAGUCACCAGUUUCCUUCCUCGUGAACUUCCACUGCUAGAAGGGAUAGAGACUGGCCAAGGAAUUCAGAGUCUGGGAAUGAAUAUAAGCACUGAGCAUUCUGGGCGAUACAGAGCAUGCGUAGAAUCCAUUCUCACCUUCAACUCUAUGAAUGAACUCAAUUUUUUGUUGAAGAAAGCAAACCUACAAGAUGUCUUCCAUAAAGUAGAAAUGCCCUCUCAAUACUGCUUGGCCUUGCUAGAACUAAAUGGAAUUGGCUUUAGUACUACAGAAUGUGAAAGUCAGAAACACAUCAUGCAAGCCAAACUGGAUGCAAUUGAGAUCCAGGCCUACAAUCUUGCUGGCCACACCUUUUCCUUCACCAGUUCAGAUGACAUUGCUGAGGUUUUAUUUUUGGAAUUGAAGUUACCACCAAAUGGAGAGAUGAAAAACCAAGACGUCAAGAAAACUUUGGGAUAUACGAGAAGAAGAAAUGACAAUGGACACAAGCAAAAGCAGAGAAAACAGUUCAGCGCUAGUAAGGAUGUUUUAAAUAAAUUAAAGGCAUUGCAUCCUCUACCAGGCUUGAUAUUAGAGUGGAGAAGAAUCACAAAUGCUAUUACCAAAGUGGUUUUUCCCCUGCAGCGGGAAAAACGCCUGAAUCCUUUUCUUGGAAUGGAAAGGAUCUAUCCUGUGUCACAGUCACACACUGCUACAGGACGAAUAACUUUUACAGAACCAAAUAUUCAGAAUGUACCAAAAGAUUUUGAAAUCAAAAUGCCAACAGUAGUAGAGGAAAGUCCACCUUCUCAAGCCCCCAAAAGAAGAGGAAAUAGGAAGGGUUAUGGUCUGAACCCUGGACACCAGGCACAGAUGGAGGAGAGUGCUUCAGACAGAGGAAUGCCAUUUUCUGUUAGCAUGCGACAUGCUUUUGUGCCUUUUCCAGGUGGUUUAAUACUAGCUGCUGAUUACUCUCAACUUGAACUAAGAAUCUUGGCUCACUUAUCCAAUGAUCGACGUCUCAUUCACGUAUUAAACAGCGGAGCUGAUGUUUUCAAGAGUAUUGCAGCUGAAUGGAAGAUGAUUGAGCCAGAGUUUGUUGGAGAUGAUCUGAGGCAGCAAGCAAAGCAGAUUUGCUAUGGGAUCAUUUAUGGAAUGGGAGCCAAAUCUUUGGGAGAGCAGAUGGGUGUUAAAGAAAAUGAUGCUGCUUGCUACAUUGACUCAUUCAAGUCCAGAUACACAGGGAUUAAUCAUUUCAUGAAAGAAACAGUGAAGAAUUGUAAAAGAGAUGGAUUUGUUCAGACCAUUUUGGGAAGGCGUAGAUACUUACCAGGAAUCAAAGAUAACAACCCUUACCAUAAAGCACAUGCUGAGCGUCAGGCUAUCAACACAACAGUCCAAGGAUCAGCAGCUGACAUUGUCAAAAUAGCUACAAUUAACAUUCAGAAGCAACUAGAGACCUUUGACUCAACCUUCAAAUCCCAUGGUCAUCAGGAAGGCUUGAUCCAAAAUGACAAAACAGGAUUUUUAAUAAAGAGAAAACUGCAAGGGAUGUUCUGCCCAGUCAGAGGAGGCUUUUUCAUCCUUCAACUCCAUGAUGAACUCUUAUAUGAAGUGGCAGAAGAGGAUGUCAUCCAGGUAGCUCAGAUUGUGAAGAAUGAAAUGGAAAAUGCCAUAAAACUCUCUGUGAAACUGAAAGUGAAAGUGAAAGUGGGUGCCAGCUGGGGAGAGCUGAGGGAUUUUGAUGUAUAACUGUACAGCUGGUCAAGACCUCCCAGGGAUGUGGAACUUGUAACCUGGUGUUGGUCUGUACUGGCAAUCACCUAGAAAGAAUGGAAAUGAUCCUUGCACCUACUUCCUAAAAACAGAAACUCUCUAGUUUUACUGGACUGAGGAAGUAAUUUUAUAGUGAGAACUUCAAAAUAUGUACCAACAUUUGGUCUUCAUAGCAAGAAAAAAAGACCUUUUCUUAAAGCAAGAUGCUAAGUUUUUAUUCAUUCUCAAAGAAUAGCUAUGAAGUUGCCUUUUAUCAUUUACUACUGCUCUAAACAGGUUCGGAACACAUGCUUGAAAUAAUGCACUUAGCACUUUAAAGUUCACAUCUGUCUGGGGUGAGCAUGGAGAAAAUGGCACUGUUGCCUCAUAGGCGGGCACAGCCUUGUCUAGGAUUCAAACACUUGUGGCACAGACCCAAACAGAACCCAAGGACAGACAAGGAUUUGGUUUCACAUGCCACCUGGGUUAGUCAUCAUGUGUGAUUGUUCUCCAGUAUCAAUUGAAGACUACUAAAGUAGUGUUUUUAAGUAGCACUGACUUAAUUAGUAAAGUGCUAAGAUUUGGUAUGUAUGUAAUCUAGGAAUGGAUUUUUAAAUGCUGUUUCUUCCUUUUCUCUCCUUGGCCCAUGAAAUGAAUGUAUUUAUCAUACAUAUGUGCUAAAUAGUAAGCUACACCUCUUCAAGAGUUACCUGUUCUAUCAGAUCAUAUAUAGUACUACCAGAGAGAGAACACACCCCCUUAACAGUCCCCUAAUUUCUCUUAAUAUGUUUGUAACCUGUUCACAAUGCCCUUGCUUGAAAGACUUGUACUUUAUCAUUCCAGUCAGACAUGUGCAACUGACCUUGUUGUUGCUGAAAUAAAAUGAAUUUAUGAGAAAGUUCAUAGCAACAUUUCAUUUUUUUAGAAUUCUAUUUCUUGCUGCUUGUUUCAUGCCAGUUUCAGCUGUCCUGCAGUGCAUGACUACAUACCUAUGUCUCACAAAAUUAAGGAAACAAGUUUCUCCUCACAGCCAGAUGGAAGGAUGCCAUUCCCAUCAAGAUCAAGAUAACCAACGAUAAUGGGAAGUCUGAUUUUGAUGCCACAGAUACUUUUAUUUUUGUAGAGUAAGAGAAGGCAGAGAAACUAAA